AUGGCUCCUUGUCCCGAGAGCAACGCCACCUCCUGGGGGGACCCAGCCACCAACUGCACGGGGGCCGGCAGCCUGAGCCAGCAGUGGGCCGUCGGGGCCGCCCUGAGCCUCAUGGUGCUGGUGAUCGCGGCCGGCAACCUGCUGGUGAUCCUGGCCAUCGCCAAGACGCCGCGCCUGCAGACCAUGACCAACGUGUUCGUCACCUCGCUGGCCUGCGCCGACCUGAUCAUGGGCUUGCUGGUGGUGCCGCCGGGGGCCACCAUCGUGCUGAGCGGCCACUGGCCCUACGGCACCACGGUGUGCGAGCUGUGGACCUCGCUGGACGUGCUGUGCGUCACGGCCAGCAUCGAGACCCUGUGCGCCAUCGCCGUGGACCGGUACUUGGCCAUCACCUCGCCGCUGCAGUACGAGGCGCUGGUGACCAAGGGCCGGGCGCGGGCCGUGGUGUGCCUGGUCUGGGCCAUCUCCGCCUUCGUCUCCUUCCUGCCCAUCAUGAACCACUGGUGGCGGGACGGGGCGGACAAGGAAGCGCUGCGCUGCUACCAGGACCCGCGCUGCUGCGACUUCGUCACCAACAUGCCCUACGCCAUCCUCUCCUCCAUCAUCUCCUUCUACGUGCCGCUGCUGGUCAUGCUCUUCGUCUACGCGCGGGUCUUCGCCGUGGCCAGCCGGCAGAUCAGCCUCAUCGAGCGGGACAAGGUCCGCUUCCUCCAGGGGCCCCCCAGCCCCGGCGCCAAGGGCUCCCGCCGGAGGAGACCCUCCCGCCUCAUGGCCAUGAGGGAGCACAAGGCGCUCAAGACCCUGGGCAUCAUCAUGGGCACCUUCACCCUCUGCUGGCUGCCCUUCUUCGUGGCCAACAUCGUCAAGGUCUUCUACAGGUCCCUCAUCCCCGGCCAGGUCUUCCUCUUCCUCAACUGGCUGGGCUACGUCAACUCCGCCUUCAACCCCAUCAUCUACUGCCGCAGCCCCGACUUCAGGAGCGCCUUCAAGAAGCUGCUCUGCUGCCCGCGGAGCGCGGACCGCCGGCUGCACGCCGUCUCCAGGGACCUCCGCCGGUGCCCCUGCGCCUUCGCUUCCCAGGAGGCCUCCCCUGCGGACAGCAAGCCGGUGGCGCAGGGGCAGCAGCCCGGGCAGGCGGAGGAGGAGGAUGGGGGAACCAGCAGCAGCAGCAGCCGCUCCAGUAGCAGGACUGAGAACAACUUCUCCUACCGCCAAAGCAAUGGGCAUGGCAAUGCCCAGCGCCCCCUUAGGGAGGCCCAGCUGCAGGGCACCCAGAUCACGCUGUGUCUGCAGCUGGAAGAAUUUACCUGCAAUGAAGCAAAAGCAGGUCCUUGA